UCUCCCGCAUUUAGUUUCAGUAAUUAGGUAGUUGGGAUCAUUAGAAGACAUUAAUGGCUGCUUGCCUUCAAUCAUCAUCAGGCUGAGGCUACCCUUUCACCUCCGAAAGCUUUGCCGCUUUAAAUAAUUUCUCCUAAAAAUUUAAUCUUCCUAUCCUCUACUUGAUGAAGUCCAACUACCCAGCUCCCCUCAGCUGAAACGGCGGUUUCUGUGCUCCAAAUCGCCGAUUUUGAUUGAAAGUUGAAAGCGAUUUCCUUUGAAAUUUCGUACACGACAACGGGGAGCUUGUCGGCCAAGUUAUUAUAUCUGCCUUUUUUAGUUAGAGUAGAUGGCCGAACACCUUGACGGCAAUUUCGAAGUUAUGAGGUACGGCUGAAUGGCUUGUGCGUUUUGGCUUUUGUUUCGGUGAGAAAUUGGAGGGAAAGGAGAAUGCUUUUUGUGUUUUUGAGAAAAGAAAACCCUUUUAACGAAGGUGAAGCUCGCAUUAAAAUCCCUUCUUUUUUUGGUAUUUCAGUGAGUGGUUUGGUUGGCUAAUUCUUCCCUCAAAUAUACCGAUUGGAUUUGUGGGAAGCAGCAGCAAGAGGGAGGAAUUGGUUUUUAGUGAGAGAAUUAGGGUUUGUUCAUCUUCUUGUUAGAAAGUAUACCUUUCAGUUUUGGCAUAAAUCUUAGCGAGAAAUAGACUUGAAACCUCGCGAAUUGGAUAAGAAGAAACGAAGAUGGUGAGCAGUGCGCAGGGAGAUCAUGGUUCUAUGCACUCCAAUGGAUCAACUUACAAUUCCAAUGGUACAGUGGAGAGACUGGACGAGUUUCGAAGCGUGCUGGGAAAACCAGAUGGUGAUCUGCUAAAGAUUGUUAGCAUUGGCGCUGGUGCCUGGGGCAGUGUAUUUGCUGCUUUGUUGCAAGAUGCAUACGGUCAAUUUCGUGAGAAAUUUCAGAUUCGGAUAUGGAGACGGGCGGGGAGGUCUGUGGAUAGGUCGACGGCUGAACAUCUCUUUGAGGUAAUUAACUCGAGGGAGGAUGUGCUCCGGCGCCUGAUUCGUCGGUGUGCUUAUUUGAAGUAUGUUGAGGGGAGACUUGGCGAUAGAACUCUGUAUGCCGACGAGAUUCUAAGGGAUGGUUUUUGCUUGAACAUGAUUGAUACGCCACUUUGCCCGCUCAAAGUUGUGACGAAUUUGCAGGAGGCAGUGUGGGAUGCUGAUAUUGUAAUAAAUGGCUUGCCUUCAACGGAGACCAGGGAGGUCUUUGAGGAGAUUAGUAGGUAUUGGAAGGAGAGGAUCACUGUUCCAAUCAUAAUAUCGCUGGCAAAGGGUGUAGAGGCAGCUUUGGAUCCAAUACCACGCAUUAUAACUCCCACACAGAUGAUUCAAUGUGCUACUGGUCUUCCAGUUGAGAACAUUCUUUAUCUUGGAGGUCCGAAUAUUGCUUCAGAAAUUUACAAUAAGGAGUAUGCCAAUGCUAGAAUAUGUGGAGCUGAAAAGUGGAGGAAAUCUCUUGCUAAGUUUUUGAGGCAACCUCAUUUUAUUGUGUGGGAUAAUAGCGACCUUGUCACUCAUGAAGUUAUGGGUGGUUUGAAGAAUGUCUAUGCUAUUGGUGCUGGUAUGGUAGCUUCCCUAACUAAUGAGAGCGCAACUAGCAAAUCAGUUUACUUCUCGCACUGCACAUCAGAGAUGAUAUUUAUAACUCAUCUGUUAGCAGAAGAACCUGAGAGGCUUGCUGGUCCUUUACUAGCUGAUACAUAUGUUACACUGUUAAAAGGUCGAAAUGCAUGGUAUGGUCAGAUGUUGGCCAAGGGUGAUUUGAGUCCUGACAUGGGUGAUAGCAUCAAAGGGAAAGGGAUGAUCCAGGGUGUCUCUGCAGUGGGUGCUUUUUAUGCGCUUCUUAGUCAACCCAGUCUAAGUAUUAUGCGGCCUGAUCAAAACAAGCCUGUUGUUCCUGUCGAGCUAUGCCCCAUCCUCAAGACUCUCUACAAAAUUUUAAUAAAAAGGGAGGUGUCAGUGCAGGCUAUUCUUCAAGCACUAAGAGAUGAGACAAUGAAUGAUCCUCGUGAAAGGAUUGAGAUUGCACAGAGCCAUGCUUUCUACCGCCCAUCUCUGCUUAGCAAAUCUUAAAUGCUCUUGCUGCUACUGCUACCACUGCUGUGAAUUAGGUUUCGUUUGAUACGGCUUUUUUACUACUUCUUUAAGCAGCUUCCUAGUACAAAAAAUUUAAUUUUUUGUAUUAAAAAGCUGCUUUAAGAAAUAGUAAGAAAGCCGUUCCAAACGAGAUCUUAGGAAUCCCCGGUCGAAAAGUACAACUCUUGCUGAUCUGAAUCCUACCAUAGGCUUCCUCAUAAGCACUUUCUGCAAACUCUCUGAUCUCCAUUGUGUGCGAAAUUUUGGUUUUUUAAUGUAAGUUAAUAUACUUCUAAAACUGGUUUCCAUUUAUUAUUGUGAGUGAGUAGUGCUUCUUUGAAGGCCAAAGCUCAAGCAUACAAAUAAGGGUGGAUGAAUUGGGUGUUGUUAAUUAUGGCUUUGUUAUAGCACUGAAUGAAAUUGUUUUCUUAGCACAAAUUUGGAUAA